AUGGAUAACAGCAGGAAUCGGCAUAACGACCACCUGGGGAUCAACAGGAUCAGCAGGAGCAUCCGCAAAAGCCCGCCCAUCUACCAGCAGGCAUUCGCCAAUCCGCGGCAGCAGCAGCAGCAGCAACAGCAGCAACAGCAGCAGCAGCAGCAGCAGCACGGCGGUGCCGAGGGGAGCCAGCAGCCGCCGCAGCCGCAGGUCUACAACAUCAGCAAGAACGAUUUCCGCAGCGUCGUGCAGCAGCUGACGGGAACGCCCACGCGGGAUCCGUUCCCUUCCGCCGCGCCACCGCCCGUCCCCGCGCGGCCCGCGGCGGCGCACAACCCGCCGAAGCUGCCGAGCAUGCGCCUGCAGAAGAUCCGCCCGCCACCGCUCAGCCCCAUCGCCCGCCCACCGAUCCCCCACCCCGCGCACAAUCCCGGCUUCUACCCCCGCCCCGUGCCGGUGCCCAUGCCAGCGGCGCCGCCGGCCCCGCAGAUCCAGUCGCCGGGGGGAGCCUUUUGGAGGGCGACCCUCGAGUCCCCCACGACGGCCUACAUGAGGUACCUGGAGAACUCCAUCAUCAACGGCGAUGGCUCGCAGCAGACGCCGCGCCAGAUGCAGAUGCAGAUGCCCCUCCGUGCGCCGCAGCGGCAACAGGAGCAGCCGCAGGUGAGCGGAUUGCUGCCGAAUCCCUUCGCCGCAGCGCCGCCAUUCCCGUCGCCCCCUUCCGUCCCGGCCUCCGGGCUGCUGCCGUCUCCUGCCUCGCAGCUCUUCAUGGCCUCGCCGACGGCCUUCAUGAACCUGUCGCCCUUCCCCAUGCUCUCGCCCAAGUUUCAGUACCCGCCGCUGUCGCCCAGUUUCCAGUUCUCGCCGCUGCCGGGGCAGUCGGGGAUCCUCGGCCCGGUGCCGCCGCACCCGCCUGGCUCACCGCUGCUGUUCCCCCCCUCGCCAUCUGGGUUUCUCCUCAGCCCGAGGUGGAGGGACCUAUAG